CUCAGCGGUGCCUGCUACCCUACGGUUUCUACUCCUUCUAGGCUCCUGCUUCUUCCAGCCAUGACUUGCAGAGUCCUUCUGUUAUCAGCCUUGACCUUAUGUCAUGGGUUCAACCUGGACACUGAAAAUGCGGUGACCUUCAAAGAGAACGCAAAGGGCUUUGGGCAUAGCGUGGUCCAGCUGGAAGGAUCCAGGGUGGUGGUUGGAGCCCCUCAGGAGAUAAAGGCUCCUGACCAAACUGGUGGCCUCUACCAGUGUGACUAUGCCAUAGGCAUGUGCGAGCCCAUCCACCUGCAGGUCCCUCCGGAGGCUGUGAACAUGUCCCUAGGUCUGUCCCUGGCAGCCGCCACCAACCCCCCCCAGCUGCUGGCCUGUGGCCCCACCGUGCACCAGACUUGCAAGGAAAACACAUACGUGAAAGGCUUCUGCUUCCUGUUUGGCUCCAACUUACUUCAGGAGCCCCAGAGGUUCCCAGAGAUCCUCAAAGGGUGUCCUCAACAGGAUAGUGACAUUGCCUUCUUAAUUGAUGGCUCUGGUAGCAUCAACCCAAUUGACUUUCAGCGGAUGAAGGAUUUUGUCUCAACUGUGAUGGAGCAAUUUGUAAAGUCCAAAACCUUGUUUGCUUUGAUGCAGUACUCUGAUGACUUCUGGACUCAUUUCACCUUCAAAGACUUCCAGGAAAACCCCAACCCCAAAUCCCUGUUGAGGCCAGUGAAACAGCUGCAGGGGAGGACGCAUACUGCCACAGGAAUCCGCAAAGUAGUAAGAGAACUGUUUAAUGUCACCAAAGGAGCCCGUGAGAAUGCCCUUAAGAUCCUAGUUGUCAUAACAGAUGGAGAAAAGUUUGGUGAUCCUUUGAAGUAUGAGGAUGUCAUCCCUGAGGCAGACAAAGAAGGAGUCAUUCGCUAUGUCAUUGGGGUGGGAGAUGCCUUCAACAGUAUGAAAUCCAUCCAAGAGCUUAAUACCAUUGCAUCCAAGCCACCUCGUGAUCACGUGUUCCGGGUGACUAACUUUGAAGCUCUAAAGACCAUUCAGAACCAGCUGCAGGAAAAGAUCUUUGCGAUUGAGGGUACUCAGAUGGGAAGUACCAGUUCCUUUGAGCAUGAGAUGUCUCAGGAAGGCUUCAGUGCAGCUAUCACCUCUAAUGGUCCCUUGCUGGGUGCUGUGGGAAGCUUUGACUGGUCUGGUGGAGCCUUUCUGUACACAUCAAAGGAAAAAUUCAGCUUCAUCAACACAACCAGAGUAGAUUCAGACAUGAAUGAUGCUUACUUGGGUUAUGCUGCUGCAGUCAUCUCACGGAAUCGGGUGCAAAGUCUGGUUCUGGGGGCACCCCGACAUCAGCACAUUGGCCUGGUGGUGAUGUUCAGACAGAAUUUCGGCACCUGGGAGUUCAACGCUGCUGUCAAGGGUAGCCAGAUCGGCUCCUACUUUGGGGCCUCCCUCUGCUCUGUGGACAUGGACGGCAGUGGCAGCACCAACCUGAUCCUCAUCGGGGCACCUCAUUACUAUGAACAGACCCAGGGGGGCCAAGUGUCUGUGUGCCCCUUGCCCCGGGGACAGAGGACUCGGUGGCAGUGUGAUGCUGUUCUCCAUGGUGAACAGGGCCACCCCUGGGGCCGCUUUGGAGCAGCCCUAACAGUGCUGGGGGAUGUGAAUGGGGACAAGCUGACGGAUGUGGCCAUUGGGGCCCCUGGAGAGCAAGACAACCAGGGUGCGGUCUACAUUUUUCAUGGAACUUCAGGAUUUAGCAUCAGCUCCUCCCACAGCCAGAGGAUCAUAGGCUCUCAGGUCUCUCCCGGUCUCCGGUAUUUUGGUCAGUCGCUGAGCGGAGGGCAGGACCUCACAAUGGAUGGACUGGUGGACCUGUCCAUCGGGGCCCAGGGACAUGUGUUGCUGCUCAGGUCCCAGCCAGUGCUAAGAGUUGAGGUGACUAUGGAGUUUACACCCAGGGAAGUGCCUAGGAGUAUAAUUGCGUGUCGUGAUCAGGUGGCAAGAAGCCAGGCUGCUGGAGAAGUCAGAGUCUGCCUCCAUGUCCGCAAGAGCACCCGGGAUCGGCUGAGAGAAGGACAGAUCCAGAGCAUGAUCACUUAUGACCUGGCUCUGGACUCCGCCCGCACACAUUCUCGUGCCAUCUUUGAUGAGACAAAGAACAGCACACGCAGGCAACUACAGACCUUGGGGCUGACACAGAAGUGUGAGACUCUGAAGCUACAGUUGCUGGAUUGUAUAGAAGACUCAGUGAGCCCCAUCACCCUCCGCCUCAACUUCUCUCUGGUGGGGAAGCCUAUGUCCUCUUUCGGGAACCUUCGGCCAGUGCUGGCUGUGGACGCUCAGAGACUUUUCAUGGCCUUGUUCCCAUUUGAGAAGAACUGUGGCAAUGACAAUAUCUGCCAGGAUGAUCUCAGCAUCACCUUCAGUUUCAUGGACCUGGACACCCUGGUGGUGGGUGGGCCCCGGGAAUUCAAUGUGACAGUGACUGUCAAAAAUGAGGGUGAGGACUCCUACAGGACUCAGGUUGCCUUUUUCCACCCACCUGGCUUGUCCUACCGGAAGGUGUCAUAUACCCAGCGAUCCUGGCGCCUGACUUGUGAGUCUGUCUCCUCCACAGCCGGGCCUGGGGCCGAGAAGAGCUUCAGCUGUAACAUAAACCACCCCAUCUUCCCAGACAACUCAGAGGUCACCUUUAAUAUAACGUUUGAUGUGGAUGCUAAAGCUUCCCUUGGAAACAAACUGCUCCUCAAGGCCAAUGUGACCAGUGAGAACAACAUGCCCAGGACCAAGAAAACUGAAUUCCAACUAGAGCUGCCUGUGAAAUACGCUGUCUACCUGCUGGUCAACAGCGAUGAGGUCUCUACCAAAUAUCUCAACUUCACGGCCUUCGAGAAGACCAGUAAGGUUAUUCAGCAUCACUAUCAGUUUAACAACCUGGGACAGAGGAGCCUCCCCAUCAGUGUGGUCUUCUGGGUCCCCAUUCAGCUGAACCAGAUGACCGUGUGGGACCACCCCCAGAUCACCUUAUCCCCGAACCUCUCAAGCAUGUGCCGCACCGAGGACCAUCUCCCCCCUAACCCUGACUUCCUGGCUGAGCUUAAGAAAACCCCAGUGCUGAACUGCGGGGUCGCUGUCUGCCAGAGAACCCAGUGUGACAUCCCGUUCUUCAAUUUCCAGGAAAAAUUAGAUGUCACUAUUAAAGGCAACCUGUCCUUUGACUGGUAUAUCAAGACUUCGCACAACCAUCUCCUGGUCACGAGCACAGCUGAGAUCUUGUUUAAUAACUCAGUGUUUGCCCUGGUUUCAGGACAGGACGCAUUUGUGAGAGCCCAGACAGAGACCAAGGUGGAGCCAUAUGAAGUUCACAACCCCGUCCCUCUCAUUGUGGGCAGCUCCAUUGGCGGGCUGGUGCUCCUGGCCCUCAUCACGGCUGGGCUGUACAAGCUCGGCUUCUUCAAACGACAGUACAAGGACAUGAUGACCGAAGCUGGUCCCCAGGAGGCCCCACCCCAGUAACGGCUCCUUCCUCACUGAGUGGCCCUGUCCCGCAGCAAGCAGCACUUUGGUCAGACCAACGUUUGGGUCUCCAGGUUGUUGGACAGACUUGUCCAUUAGGAGACCGGGGCGGUGGGGUCUCCCUAGGAAAAGACCUGCUUGGGUUUCCAUGUGUACGUGUGCAAGUUGUGUGCAUGACUCAGAUGUCUCUUGAGUGUGGGCAGUGUCUUCAGCACAACCCUCAGGCAGAGGGAAAUUGCUUUGCUUCCUCGUGUGUGGGUGAAGAUGCUGUUGGGCCUUCCUCUUCCUCUGGGAGAGAUCACAGCAGCUUUUGUGGGUGAACGUAAAGGGAAAUGCAACAGAACCUCUCCCUGCUGAAGGAAGUGAGACUUCCCUUCACGGCAAGCAGGCAGAGACCUGCCGGAGCCCGUGUGAGUGAGGACUGAGACUCUGCGGAGAAGCUGUGGGUGGAAGCAGGAGCCUGUCCAAAUCCACCCACGCUAUAGCUGGGGGGCCCCAGUCAGGGUGUCCAAAGAGGAAUGAUUUAUAAAUCUCCCUUGAUGCAUUCAUGUAUUAUUUUAAUGUUCCUUUUAUUUUCUGAAUUGAUAAACCUGUCCAUAGGGCAGAAAGCAAAAUCCAUUCGAGGAUGUAUGCUGAAAAGUGUCCCUUCCCCAAUAUUCAGCUGCCCUCUUCAGGGGCAGUGAAGCUUGUGUGUUUCGGGGCCUCCUUCAGAAAGAUUCUACACAUGUGCAAACACACAGAAACACACAAGUUGUUUACACGCAUGGUAGGGUACUUUAUACUGUAUGGAUCUUGCUUUCUCCAUUAAUAAAGCUCAGACAUUGUUUCCCAUCUAGCCAUAAAUUACUUUUCAUUCUUGUAUACAGUUGUGUAGUGUUCCACUGUGUGGGUGUAUCCGGAUGUAUUUGACCAGUCUUUUUUGAUAUAUUAUUUCCAACCUCUCACUAUUACAAAUA